AUGUUUGAAGAUAUGAAGGCAAUUAAUAAGAUCAAAGUCUCGUUCCAUCUUCUACAAAUUCUCAUCGCUUCGCUUUUCUUCCAAGCUGCUUCUUCGUCAGUGAAAGUGGAACCUAAAAUUGUUUCUCGUAUCUCAUUUGGUUCUUGUGCUAAUCAAAGUGCUCCUCAGCCCAUUUGGAAUGCAAUUGUUGACUUUGAUCCCCAACUUUUCAUUUGGCUGGGUGACAACAUUUAUGGAGACAUCAGGCGCCCCUUUAGAGUAUUUGGAAAGCAAAGGACAAUUGGCCCAUGGAAGAAUGUUCCUAGGUUCGUCCCUGCAUCUAAGGAAGAAAUGCAGUUCAGGUAUCAGUUGGCGAAAAGCAAUCCAGGAUAUUCUCGUCUUAGGAAGAAAAUACAGGUGAUUGGCACAUGGGAUGACCAUGAUUAUGGAUUAAAUGAUGCUGGAAAGGAGUUUACUGGGAAAAACACCACUCAACAGCUAAUGUUAGAUUUCUUGGAUGAACCAAAAAAUAGCCCAAGGCGCAAACAGGCUGGUGUCUACGCCUCAUAUAUGUUUGGCCCUAAAGGGAAACAAGUCAAGGUGAUUAUGCUAGACACCCGAUACCACAGAGAUCCAUUGUCAAGUGACGGAAGUAUUUCGGGAAACUCACAGUGGGAAUGGUUAGCAAAAGAGUUGAAUGGGCCAAAGUCAGAAUUUACCAUUAUUGGAUCUUCCAUCCAGGUUGAAGGGAUAAAGGGUCUUAAAGGAAUUCUUAGGCCUUUAUGUGUUGUAUUGUUUGACAAGCAACCAAGCUUACAGUGA